AUGAAUAUUAAUGAAUCAUCUGGAAACGUUUUUUUAGAUCCAUUUAAUUCUUUCAGAGAUAAGCUUAAGUUGAAAGGGUGUAAGUUUAAUAAUAUUAAUUGUAAAAAUAAGUAUAUUUUAUCUUUAAAAAUGAUAACUAUUAAAAAAAUUGUUGAAUUUUCAAAUCAAUUAACAAUUGAUAUAUUAAAAUUAAUACCAUGGAAUGACGUAGGAGAAUAUUUAUGGAAAGAAAUUGUAGAAACGAGUUAUGAUUCUUUUAAAAUAUGGAAAAUCUUUGUUACCGUAUAUUUCGAUUCAAUUGAAUCACCAGAUGUAUUUAACAGAACUGAGGUUCUUAUGUCAUCUUUUGUAAGUAUAUUGAAAGAGAUUGAUUGUGUUUCAUUAUUUUGGCUUAAUACUUUGGAUAUUAAUAAUAAUAAAACAUUGUCAACAGAGGAUUUUAUUUAUAUUUCAUAUUUACAUAAUUUAAUUGCACUAAAUGUUUCAAAUACAAAUCUUACAGAUAUGAUAUUAAGUCAUUGGGGAAGAGCUGCUGAAAAAGGGAAAUUUUUUCAGUUACUAUAUAUAGAUAUGAGGUAUAAUCAAUGUUCUCUUUCUUGCUCUAUUUCUCAUAUGGCAAAAUUUAAGUCACUUCUUUAUUUUUCUAUUGAAGAUUAUCAACCACAAAAAGUGGAUUUUUUAUAUAAAAAAUACUCAUAUUUAAAGCCACCUGAUCAACUAAUUGAAUCUAUUAUACAAUGUAACACGUUUGAGGAAUCAUAUAAGUGUAUUUUUAAUUUUCAUUCUCAUUUUGCUAAACAUUCAAUUAUAUAUAAUCUAUUUAUAAAAUCAAAAAACAAUAUUUCAAUGGAACAAAAUCCUCCUCUUCUGUUUUAUGGAAGAACUUUGAAAGAUUCCACUUUAUUUUCAAGUACUGAUUUGAAAAAAAAUAUCUCUAUAUCAAAAAUAUCAAUAUUAGAAAAAAAAAGGGUCUGUAAAAAGAUUAAAUCUAGAUUAGAUGAAAACUGGAAGAAUAUUAUAAAAUAA